AAUCAUUCUGCAGUCUCGACAAAGAAAGAAUAGCUCAGCAGGGACAGGUCUGUUUUUUCUAAAUAUAGAUCACUCGACUCCAUCCUUGUUACAUCAUUAUUAUGUGUUUAUGUUACCUAUAUCUACAGUAUUAUAAACAAAGCAAAACCAUUCUAUUCAUAAAUAUACCCAUGUUUUGUCUAAGGACUUCUAUUUAAUUUCUUCAUUGCUCAUUUUGACUCUUCUCUGUCCAUCUUUACUCUGCCAUAUGGACAAUCAGCAAGUAGUGACUGUUGUGGGAUCGGCAGGAGAUGAAGAUGACUCUGUGUCUUUGCUGUUUGUGUUACGAAAAGAGAACAGGCAGUCUCUCUAUCCCUUUUUCAUUUCUGACAUUUUCUCACAUUUACUCCUUUACACCUUGAAGAAAAUGUCAACUUGCAUACAACCGUACUGUAGUGGUAACAAAAUGUAACAGAACACACUGCUGCUCUAAAAAGGGCCUAAGUAAGAGAAGAAGAGAGAAGACAUUAAAGUUUGGCAAGUGUGACCAAUGCAUCCAGGAGAUGCGAGGUCAAAGGAUUGACGUAGAGCAGCUUCUCAGACAGUCACAAACUGAACUGCUGUGGAUCCAGCGACAUCUGUCAAUAAUAGCAGCAAGAGAUGUCAUUCAUUCCUGUGCCCAAAAUAAGCUGAAGCAGGAGGUCCAGCCGUUGCACCUGGCCUCGCACAGAGCCCACCAUGUAAAUCUCUGCCACCUCCUAGAGGACAAGAACAGAGCUCUUAAGCUAGAGCUAGCUACUCUCAAACAGCAGAAACAGCAGCAUCAAUCCCUGGAGUCAGAGGUCAACGAUUGGAGGAAAAGAGAAGUGAUCCUUGAGAGAGAAGUGAAGAACAAGGCAUUAGCAUGUAAGACUUUGAAGAAUGAGCUUCAGGUUGCUUUGUUGGAGAGAAAACGGCUCAAUCGUGAGCUGCUUAGUCACAUCCUGAAGGCUGUACAGUACGAGAAGGUAAAGUCAGACUAUGAUCAGCUCAGAAAGGCUUUUGGGUGUGUGAGUCAAGAGAGAGACUUGGCUAGGCAGGAGAAGGAUCAACUCCAAGACAAACUGGAGAACCUUGAACGGGUCCUGAAGCAUAUGCGAGAGGCUGCAGAUCGGCGGCAGCAACUGGAGGCAGAGCAUGAGCAGGCCCUGGCGUUCCUCAACUCCAGACAGCAGGAGAUCAGCCUUCUCCAGAAGGUUCAAGCUGAAACUGAGAAAGAGCGUGAAGAAGUGGUGCAUCUGCUAGAGAGCCAUAUGGACAAAAUGCAGGUCAAAGUUCAUGACUUAGAGCAGAAAUGCCGGACACAGAGUGAGCAGUGCAAUAUUUUGUCAAAAAAGCUGGAGAAAUAUCACCUGGGGUCAGACACGGAGGAUACGCUCAACACUGACUCACAGGAGAAAAACUUGAGCAACAGUUACAACAGCCUUCAGCACCAGGCAGAAAAAAGUGAUGAGAGAUCUGACGGAACUCCACUGGUUUCAGAACUGCCCGUAGUACAGCAACACAAGAUUGACAAGCCAGAGCAACUGUCGGUCAAACCCAACAUCCAUACCCAGAGUCGCUCCAGCAGCCCCAUGCAAGCAUCCCUCUCAGAGAUGGAUGAUGAGGUGAGCCCAGCUCCAAGAUCCAAGGCAAGAUACACAGGUCAGGUCCGCCUCUGCACUGCCCGCUAUAGUUAUAAUCCCUAUGAUGGACCUAAUGAGCAUCCAGAAGCAGAGCUCCCUCUUGUGGCAGGGAAGUACUUGUACGUAUAUGGGGACAUGGACGAUGAUGGAUUUUAUGAAGGAGAGCUGUUGGAUGGGCAGCGUGGCCUGGUUCCCUCUAAUUUUGUGGAGUUUGUCCAGGACAAAGAAAAGCCAUCUAUUGACGGGGAACAGGAGCAGGGCAGGCUGGAGCAGAGCUGUCUGAGCCUGAUUGCCAUAGAUGGAGCUGCUCCUCUGGACAGCCUUAGCAGUGAUGCCCUCGGCCACUGCAGCAACGGGACAGGCGCUCUGGAUGAAGAGGAGCUGGGCGACAACAUCGUGCCUUACCCUAGGAAGAUCAACCUGAUCAAACAGCUGGCGAGAAGUGUGAUAGUGGCCUGGGAAGCGCCUUUGGUGCCCCUUGGUUGGGGCAACAUCAACUGCUACAAUGUCUUAGUGGACGGGGAAAUACGUUCCUCUGUGCCGUUUGGGGGCAGGACCAAACUGCUUCUCGAGAAGCUAGACUUGGCUUCUUGCACCUACCGUGUGUCGGUACAGAGCGUAACGGACAGGGGACUCUCCGAUGAGCUGCGCUGCACCUUGCUGGUGGGCCGCAAUGUUGUGGUGGCCCCCACUGGUCUGCGCAUGGACGAUAUCUUGCGUGACUCCGCUGAACUUUCUUGGCUGCCCAGUAAUAGUAACUACUCUCAUGUUGUGCACUUAGAUGGUGUGGAGCAUGCUGUGGUCAAGCCGUGCUCUUACAAACUGCGUUUUGUGAACCUGAAGGCCGCCACAGUGUACAAGGUAAAAGUGUUGGCCAAACCUCACCAGGUGCCCUGGCACAUGCCCCUGGAGCAGAGAGAGAAGAGAGAGGCUGGGGUGGAGUUCUGCACCCAGGCUGCUGGACCCCCUCUGCCUCCUCAAGAAGUCCAGGUCCAGUGUGGACACACCCCAGGGAUUCUUCAAGUGCGUUGGAAGCCCCCUCCAAUGACACCUAUGGGAACCUCUAAUGGUGCAAGUGUCAUUGGCUAUGCAGUGUGCACUAAGGGUCAGAGGAUCGCUGAGGUGUUGUAUCCAAUGGCAGAUUAUGUGGCAGUAGAGCUGAACCGUCUCCAGUGCUUGGAGGCCCGUGAGGUUAUCGUCAGGACUUUAUCAGCACAAGGGGAAUCUCAAGACUCCCAUGUCGCCGUCAUUCCAAACCACCUGCUGGUGCCUCUUCCUAAAGCCCUCCCUCCUUCUCACCACAUGCAGUCCUCUCUCCCACCCCAGCAGUCCCAACCGAUGCCUCCUCAUCCCCAAAUCCGAUCCCUUCCCCCUCACCCUGGACCCCAACCACCCACUCAUCUCCAACCCCUCCCCGUUCAACCCAACCAGCCCCCAUCUCACCUCCAUCCCCACCGUAUGCCCCAUCCCACACAGCCUUCUCCACCGCAUCUCCAGCCUUUACCACCACACCCAAUCCCUCAACCUCAGCACACCAUCCCAAUGCCCCAGCCUCAAUCGUCUAUGCCCAUGCCCCAGCCGCCCAUGCAUAUGCCUCAACCCCUGCAGUCCAUGGCCAUGCCCCAACCCCAGCCACCCAUACCCAUGCUCCAUCCCCAGCCAGCUAUCCCGAUGCCCCAGCCUCACAUUCCCCAACUGGCCCUUCCCCAAUCCCAAAGACCACUAAGUGCCAGAGAGCUGGAAACCAAAGAGCCAGGGCCAGGAAUGAUUCAUCAUGGAGGGGGCCCACCUCAGCCAUGGGAGCCUGGCUGCUCCCCAUCAGGCAUGCCCACAGGCCUGCCACACGGACACACCCUGGACGCCCCGGCCUGCCCGAACCUCCGUUCCCCGUCACCUCAAAGGAUCCUCCCCCAGCCCCGGGGUACGCUUAUUCCUGACACUGUGGCCAAGGCUAUUGCCAGAGAGGCUGCUCAAAGAGUGGCUGCAGAAAGUGGACGGAUGGAGAGGAGAAGCCAGGGCUUUCUCUCUCAAAAUUCAGAUGAGGAAGAGGAUGAGGAAAGCUAUCAGGCCCGCAGAAGAGGAGCAUCUGUGGAUGACUUCCUCAGGGGCUCAGAGCUGGGCAGGCAGUCUCAUUACAGUCAUAGUGAGGAGUAUCAUACGGAGAGCAGUCGAGGCUCGGACCUCUCAGACAUCAUGGAAGAGGAUGAGGAGGAGUUGUAUUCUGAAAUGCAGCACGAAGAAGGCAGGCGACGAAACUCCCACAGUGCACUCAAGACUGGAGGCAGCUCUCAAUCUUCGAAUCUGGAUCGGGACUCAUACCGGAAGCCAUCUCACCGAGGUCCUCAACCUCAGCGCCGACCCCUCACGGUCCCAUCCAUUGAGAUAACCACUGAGAGUAACAGUGAAGGGAACCUCUCUCCCGUCAAGGAGGAUGUUUACUAUGGCAGUGUAGCGCGGCACAGGACAUGGUCCUCCCGGAGGCACGGGGGACGCAGGCCUCCUUAUGAUGGAUACCAGGACCGAAGCCGGCGUUCUCCUCCAUACUAUGAUGAGUCUGAGCAGGAGGAUCCGUUCCGAAUCUUUGUGGCCCUCUUUGACUAUGACCCUCUCUCCAUGUCCCCUAACCCUGACGCAGCUGACGAAGAACUCCCUUUUAAAGAGGGUCAGAUAAUAAAGGUGUAUGGUGAUAAGGAUAAUGAUGGCUUUUAUCGUGGGGAGAUCCGAGGCAGGUCUGGACUUAUUCCCUGUAACAUGGUGUCGGAAAUCCGUGCUGAGGAUGAUGAGACCAUGGAGCAGCUCAUGAAACAAGGAUUUCUCCCUCUCAAUACCCCUGUGGACAGAAUCGAACAAAAUAGGAGAGGUCGCCACCCAGUGGCCACAAGAAGAAUGGUUGCCCUGUAUGACUACGACCCCAGAGAGAGCUCCCCAAAUGUGGAUGUUGAGGCUGAACUGACGUUCUGUGCUGGUGACAUCAUUGCUGUUUUUGGGGAUAUAGAUGAAGAUGGCUUCUAUUAUGGUGAGCUGAAUGGACAUCGGGGCUUGGUUCCAUCCAACUUUCUCGAAGAAGUGCCUGAUGACGUGGAGGUCUAUCUGACAGACACUCCCUCCCAGCAUGGUCAGGACGAGCCCAAUCCAGUACAGGCUCCACGCCCAGAAGCCAAAAGGGUGCCUGUGGAAAGUACAGUGCCGGCUCCGGCCCCUGGAAGACCCGCCUCUCCCACUGUGCGUCCUUUGCUUCCUGUUGGCCCAGUCAGGCCGCUGAGCCCUGCCAGGGGUCCACGAGACCUGGCAUCUAAAAAGAAAAAAGGUCUGCUCUCUAAGGGAAAGAAACUGCUCAAAAAGUUCUCAAAGUAAAAGUAUGAGUUUGAUUUCAAAUUCAUAUGGCUACAACAGCAUACAGAUUUCUAUCUCAAAAGGGAAACCUCCAAUCCCCCAAUGUGUCAGUAAAGGCUAUGGUGAUUUUCACAAAAAAAAAAAUAAAUAAAAAAAUAAUAAUAAAAAAGCGGCUUUCACAUUAACAUGCCACGUACACAUUAUAAAAUAGAUCUAAUAUCCAUAUGAAAAGGAAUGACAUAUAUAAAGAUGUCACUCAUAUGUCAGUGAGCUUGCUAAUUGGCUGUCAGAAUGAAAGCAUCUAUCCAUACUGUGAUGUAGAGGACAAAGACGAUAUAAAUAUUUAAGGAAUUACUUUCAUUGCUAUUUCCAUUUUUCAAAUCAAAGUGCUGGAUUUUGAACGAAAUAUUUAAUCUCAUAGAUUUUAAUGUUUGGUAUAGCAUUCGGUGAUAAAAACGGUUCAAAAAGCACUUCAAAUAUGGCCUGACAUUUUCAGUCAAAUAGCAGUAAAUGCUCCAGACCAUAUCAAGUGCUUUAGUCUGAAACACAAAAAGGACCACAAGAAAAUAACAUGUUUCCAUUUAAAAGCAUUUUUAGAAAGAUAGGCAAUGAGCAAAAACGAAAUACUGACAGUCUAAGAGCAAACCCUUUUAAACAUUGCUGUGGCCUUCAUCUAAACUCAGUACAGUAUAUUACUUACAUCUGAUGUCUCCAUACAUCAGUCUUUGCCAAGUAUUCUCCCUUUUGCUUGCUUUAAGGUCCCCCUAUCCGUGUUUAUCGCGAUCGAGAAUGACUCUGAAGUUAUAAAAAUAUGGCUACUAUGGAAAGUUUCUGUGUUUGCCUUUCAAAUCGCACAAUCGGUGUGUGUUUUGGUGAAUGGCUCGUGUGUGUGUGUGUGGGUGGGUGUGUCCUCUGCAUCCAUGUUCGUGCAAUCCCUGAAACUGAAAAGGGACAAAUGUUGUUAUAAACUUUUGUGAUAAUGUGACGUGCUGCUAAUUACAAGUUGUUUCCUGUUCCUUUUUAAAGUCAAUAAGGGUGGUGUCGUCUUCUCAAGAAGCAAAGAUGGUGUCUUGGUGUCUCCUUAAAUUCCACUUUCUGAGGGCCAGUUCACACAGAACGUGUUUUUGCGAUGGUUUAAUCGUUGAAGGUUACAUAAAUUGAACAUGUUUUAUCAGUGUUUGCUAACGAGCGCCUCGUUUUUAAAACGUUGCGUCAGGUUAAAAUAUGCUUGCGUCUCGCGAAACCAUUCAUUCAUUCAUUCAUUCAUUCACUCACUCAUUCAUUCGUUCAUUCAUUCAUUCAUUCAUUCAUUCUUAAAUGCGUUCUGUGUGAAUGAUCCUUAAAAGGAUUUUCACCCCAAAAAUUAAAAGUCUGUGAUAGUUUACUCAUUCUAAAAACUGUAUGACUUUUUUUUUUUUGGUCAUAUAAUGGAAGUCAUUUGUAACCAAAACUGUUUGGUUAACAACAUUCUUCAAAAACAACUUGAGGGUGAGUAAAUGAUUACAGAAAUUUCAUUUUUGGGUGAACUAUCUCUUUAACACUGGUUUACACAAAUGGGUUGGACUGGUCACGAGAACAUCAUCUAUAGGCCUAAAUGACAUCCAUGCUGCUGUUAUCAUUGGCUGUUUUUCCUGAGGUCUUUGCUUGCAAUGAUGGAUACCAACUUUCUGUGAUAGUCUUGAGGACCAUAUAAUACAUAUUCUCUGCUACCAAAAUACAGGUUGAAUACCUUCAGGAAAAACUACCUAUGAUGGCUCAGUUGUCUCAAGCUAUAAUCUAGUAGUUUACAUUAAGGGCAAAUUAUCUUGCAUUAACACGAAACAUCUUGCCCUCGCAACUGGAAAUGUGAAGUAGCUGAGCCAACAUCUGGUGGAAUCUCACAAUAAUGUGGCCAGUUGGGUUUAGAUUGCACUCUCGAAUGGUUUGAUCCAGGGUAAAUACUGUGUGUUUGAAAAAAAGAAAGAAAAAAAAGAGAGAAUUUUUUAAUCUUUAAAAAAGACGAUCUUAAAUGUAUUUAAGCAUUUUAAUUUAAUAUAUAUAUAUAUAUAUGACAUUCUUUUGGAGUGAAUGAAGUUUAUUUCUUGUAGAAGAAAAACAUGGAAGGUUCUAAUUAAUUAAUAAAUAAUUUUAAAAAAAAUGGUUGGAUAGCCAAAAAGGAAUGUAUGAAAUGUUCAGCUGCCUGUAUAGCUUGCAACAUCAUUUUGCCAAAAGAAAAAUAAAUAAAAGAGAUUACAUAUAUUUUCAUUUACAGAAAUAUCUCUAUUAUUAUCUUAAAUCCCGGGUGUUCGCUUGUGACUGGAUGAUGUAAGUGUUAAUUUCUCGGUUACUCUUUUGUACUCCAUUUGUAGAUAAUUUAUAAAUGUUUAUACUUAAUUUACAGACUUUUUUUAGUGCUUUAAAAUUUAAUAUUCAACAGUGUAAGUAAGUGUUAUCCAUGGUGUCUUCAAGAAAAGAUGCUCAAGUCUGCAAAUCUGUGUUCGCUCUGUGAAUUAAAGAGAAAAAAGAACUUGUUGGUCUAUAUUUACUGAUAUGGACUAUUGUGUGGAUGUGCAUGUGUAGAUUUGUGUAAAAUAUAAAUUUUCUAUGAAAAUAAAUGUGAUAUUUUUCAA